UGAUUACAUCGUACGUGAAACAGUUUCAGACUGGAAGUAAAUAUCUAAUCAGUAUCUAGUAGACAAUGUUCUUCCUCUCACCUUAUUAAUUCAUAUAUGAACAAGAUUUCAAAAGCGACAAUCAAUGAGUGCUCUUCAAACCACGGGAUGGUGAAAGUGCCGUUACAAGGUAAACUUCUGUUUUUGCUGAUAUUCUUUUUGGUGACAUUUACCAUGAGUGAAUCGGAUCAAAAGGCCUUGGAGGUUAUUGCUAACAGCAGCCAACGCUUUGGACUGAAGUUGUAUAAGAUACUUCGGGAAAAACCUGGCAAUGUUUUCUUCUCGCCUACCAGUCUUGAAGUGGUCUUGGCAUUAGCUCACAUGGGAGCCAAGGGCAAAACUGCAGAAGAAAUUCUUGCUGGACUGGAGUUGCCUAAUGAUGCUGAUCUUGUAAAAAGUGGCUACAAUGCUAUCAUGAAAAGCUUACGAAGUACAGGUGACAUGACUUUGGAAAUUGCAAAUAAGGUUUAUAGUGAGCAAACAUUCUCAGUUGAGCAAGAAUUCCAACUAGUGGCAGAAAAAUCAUUUUUGGCUGCUGCUGAAAAUGUAAACUUUAUUGGAAAUCCUGAAGGUUCAAGAGUUGUAAUGAAUUCUUGGGUAGAAAAACAGACACAUGAUAAAAUUAAAGAUCUUUUUGGAAAAGGUGAUAUUACGCCUGAUACAAAAAUGGUAUUGAUCAAUGCAGUGUAUUUUAAGGGGAAGUGGAAACACCAGUUUGAUCCAUCUAAGACUUCCAAAGAGCCUUUCUACAUAACAGCAUCACAAACUAAAGAAGUUGAUAUGAUGCACAUUAAAAAAAAAUUUGGAUAUUUAGAGUUAGAGGAUUUAAAAGCAAAACUGUUGGUCAUGCCUUACAUUGGUGACUCAAUGUUCAUGGUAAUUUUAUUGCCUAAUGAGGUGGAUGGCCUUCAAGAGAUGGAGAAAAAGUUACACUCCAUUAACAUUGCAGACUUAAUGAAACGGGCAGAUCAUGUGGAAGUAGAAGUAACUCUACCUCGUUUUAAAAUUGAAACCACCAUAGAUUUGGUAGAACCUCUUCAAAAAUUGGGUGUAAAGUCGAUGUUUGAUCCUGAAUUUGCUGACUUCUCAGGCAUUUCAAAAGAAAAAGGCCUGUAUGUGAGUAAAGUUGUUCAGAAAGCCUUCAUUGAGGUGAAUGAAGAAGGCAGUGAAGCAGCUGCAGCCACUGCCCAGCAAAUUCGAUUUAGGAGAUCUGCUGUAUGGCUUGAAGAAUUCAAAGUUGAUCGUCCCUUCUUAAUACAUCUCUACUCUGUCAGUGGUGUGAGAAUAUUUUAUGGCAGUGUCAAAGAAGUUGAAGCUAUACAGACAAAGUCAAACAAUACUGCUUUGAAUGACAUAUCUGAACCCCCUGACAAACAUACUGAACUCUGAUAUGUGAGUUAAUCUACUUGCAAACAUUUCCUCUUCAAUCUACUGACUCUGCACAAGAAUAGCUUCAGUCCAGGGAUAUGAAAAUGUGAAUACAGAAGAUGAUAAAUUAAUAACAUAUUAGAGGGAAUGAUAAUGGCAAUGAGAAUGAUGCUCUUGCCUGAUCCAGUCUUCAAUGUAAACCAUCCUUUCUAUGUUGCCUUGACUUCAGUGACUGGAAUUACUCUUUUUGAAGGCAGAAUAAUGCAACCUCCACUAAUUACGUCUACGUAACAUCACAUGACUGGAGUAAUGUUUAUCUUCAGUUACAUUGUAAAAGAUAUUUUGUAAUUGCAUUCUAAUUAGCAUUUCAUGACUUACUUACAUAUGUACUAUAAAGAACAAAACUUCCUGAUUUUUUUAUUUUGUCUUAUCUGCUUGGAAAUGAUGUUAAAAAUAAUAUAAUUUUUUGUGAUGAAUUGUAUUUGUACGGAGAAUGGAGAAAUAAAAUAAUGAUAAAUUAUA